AUGGCAGUGUGGCGCAUUGGUGUUUCAUAUGCUAGUCAGAUUUUCGGUCGGGUGGCAGUCGUGUCAUCUUUCCCCACUCACGUUUUCCAUCAGCGAUCUCGGGGCUAUGCUUCUGAACCCAUUUCCCUGACCAGCUUGAAGCGUGGUACUGGAGGUCGUUCUUCCUUUAAUGGACUGAUAGUAACGGUGUUCGGUGCUCCGGGCUACUUGGGUCGACACAUUAUUACGCACUUGGGUCGAGUUGGUGCCCAAGUCAUUGUCCCUUAUCGUGGCGAUCCCUACUUUGUUCGCGACCUUAAAGUUAUGGGUGAUCUGGGUCAAAUCCUUUUCUGUCCCUUUCAUCUGGAAGACGAAGAGGCGAUCAAGAAGUCUAUGCGCUUCAGUAAUGUGGCUAUCAAUUGUAUGGGCAAGUUUAAUAGCACGCACAACUUCACCCAUGAGGCAGUCAAUGUAGAGGGGGCUGCACGUGUAGCCCGCCUUUCCAAGGAAAUGGGAGUGGAGCGUUUCGUGCACAUCUCAGCGCUCUCGCAAAGCCCCAACCCCGAAAGGUUUGUCUGGAAGCCCUCCGAGUUUCGUCGCACGAAAGCCCUUGGCGAGAAGGCCGUUCUUAAUGAGCGCCCAGAUGCCAUCAUCUUUCGACCUGCGGAUAUUUGGGGCAGCUCGGAUCACUUCCUUUGCUACUACGCUUCUAGGGAGCGUCGCUGUGUCCUCGGCACCAAACUGCGUGUAGCUCUGUGGAAACGUGGUCAGAAUACUGUGAAGCAGCCAGUUUAUGUGGGUGAUCUGGCCAGGGGCAUUGUUAACAGCCUCACUAUGCCCGACAGUCCGGGUAAGAUCUACGAGGCUGUGGGUCCCCAUCGCUACCGUCUGGAUGAUCUGGUCAAAUGGAUUAUCUUCAACUGUCGCUACCUUCCGCGUGAACUCAGCAUUAGCAGGCUUGAUCCCUGGUUCUUGUAA